UAUUAAAUAUAAAGAAGGAAGAGAGAGGAGAUAAGAUUGAAGAGAGAAUAGAAAGAAAUCGAAAAAGGAAGGAAGAAGGAAGUUAGAGACUCAAGUGAAGCUCCCCUUUGUGCCUCAUUCUAGGUAGUGUGACUCAAUACUUGAGGCCACAUUUAUUUGAAUCUUUUUCCUUCAGAAGAGUACACUUAUCUACAAUGAAUCCUCAAGGUGACUCUGAUGGUCAAACUAAUACCAACAACAGAUCAAACAACGAAAACGAAAUGAUGCCUCUUUCACCAUUUGAAACAUUGGAGUUGCUUCCUUUAUUUCCGCUCUCACCAGAAAAUGCAGGGCAAGUAGAAGAUAUGCCUGGAGCCGAUGAUAUGGCUCCAUUGCUCGGACAAGAGAGUACCAUGUUUAGACAAGUUGGAACUUCGGUUGGGACUCCUUCAUUUAAUUUGCCCCAGAGGCUCAAUCAUUUAGAGCCAAGGCAAUUAGUAUCUGGAUAUGAGGACGAUAAUGGUAGAGUUCGUAAUGAAGCGGUUGUGUACCACCUUCUGAAUGACCAAGCUGGCCCUUCAACUUUGAGACCUUCACAGUCACAAAGAUUGAACUACUCUGGUGGAGCAAGUAGCUCUAGAACUCAUAACUAUCAUAAUCAAGUGCAAGUAUUAGGAACUGGAGUUCCACCUUACGUCCAACAUGGACCCUCGUUGUCACCACUACCAUCAUAUCCUUCUGCGGAAGAGAGAAGAAGGCUUUCAUCUUACGUUCACUCUAUCCUAGAAGCUCUACGCAGUGGUCCAUCCGCUGUAAUGUUUGAUAUAGAUUUUGACACAAUGGAAUUCAGGAGCAUCGACCACGCACUUGUGUCACAAUAUGGGUUUCAGAACCCCGAAGAAUUUGAUGCAUUACCCCAGGGACUUACUGUCGAAACGAUCGUGCAGCACCUGGAGAGUGAAACUUAUGUGAUUGUUAAUAAGGAUGCUCCAGAAGAAGAUAAGGAAAAAUGCCCCAUUUGUCUGGAAGAGUUUGAAGAGGGAAACUUAAUUGGGAAGCUUCAUUCUUGUAUCCACAAGUAUCACCGUCACUGCAUCCGACAGUGGCUUUUGUGCAGGAACUUUUGCCCAGUGUGCAAAAGAGUUGGGCUGGAAACCAACAAUAAUGUUAAAAGUGAAGCUACAGCAGCUGAAGUUAAUAUUAAUGAAAAUGACAAUGACAAUGUUUAGUUGCUUCCAUAGAACAAACAUGUUCAUGUAAUAAGCGAGUACAUAUAUGGUGCUUGAUGACUUAUGACCUUAAACUCUUGCAAGCUUCUUUUUUUUUUCAACAGAUGUUUUUAUGUCACUGGGUCUUUGAAUGACAUUAGAGGAAGUCAUUCCAAGGCCCCAACAGAACCUAGCUACUUUGUUGUUACUCCUUUAUUAGAUGCUUUGAUGCUUGAACUUA